UUCAAGGUGGACUGCCUAUGAGAUUAUAAUAAUUAUAAUUAUUAGAUAAUUAUUAUAAUAAUCAUACCGGUGGUACGGUUACCCUAUUCAUUACUUGGUUGGGGCACGCUUUCACCGUACACGGAUCAACACUUCUUCCUCGCAACUGUUCAUUUACCAUACUAUCGAGUGUUGAAUAACAGGUUGAAAUUGUUUCACUCUCGGUGUUAAAUGGCAGUUAAGAAGAACAAAGAGUUGUUUGUGACGCUCAAACUCUCCAGUGAAGUCCUUGGCGAGCUCUCUGGAGCAGAUUUCAACAAGGCGAACGAAGACCAAGGUGAAACACCAAAGUUGAAAGUGAAGCUGAAUCCAAACGUGAAAAGGCAACCACUACCUUCUCCGACACCUGAACUGUCAACUGUCGAGGGUACACCAUCUUCCAUUCCACAGAGUGCUUCCAAGACGUCUCUGUCAAAGGUGCUGAAUGCUGAUGAUUUGAAAUUGGACAAAUCAGGAAAACCCGUGAGGAAAUGGGUGAAAAAGCCCCUGGAAAUCCAAAGCUUUACUGGUUAUUUCAUGAAUUACGAUACGUGGACUGGUCUAAGGAGGGCAGAUGAUGACACUGUGGAGGAGCAUAAGCCUUUGAAGAUACAAAUCAAGCUGAAUAACAAGAAUUUAGAUCUUAAGAGUGUGGAUUCUAGGGACCAGAGUCCAAUGCCAGAUGAUGCGUCGAGUGUUGUUUCGACACCUGAGGGCUCACGGUUAUCUACUCCCGCACUAUAAGUCCACAUUUAUGAAUACACAAGUCUAUUGAAAUCUAUAACCUAUUCCAAGAGGAGGCCUGUCACUAAGCCUAAAGCUGUAAGGAAACUGAUUGAUGCGAGCCAACUAGAA